AUGUUAUGGACUUGCUGCGUAUGUUUUCUGUGGUCUGCGCAUUUGGUUCUAGGUGAUGGCCUACUAUUCCUGUACCGUCCACGGGACAUCAGCAGCGAAUGCGCCAAUUCUCAACAUCUUCGCUACGACCUGUCAUUCGGAAUGGGCAUGUCUGACACCAUCACUUUGGUUUUCCGAACGCUGAGCACCUUCGACUACGAAUGCGAAGUGGAGCUGUCCACGGAGUCAAUAGAGGAACACUUGCUCGUGGUUAUCCGUUUCCCGAACAGCAUUGCGCACAACUGCGCGUACAAUCGCAACGCGUUCACCAUACUUGAUAAGAGCAAGUGCCGGCGCCUGUGCGACAUGGUGGGACAGCAGGAUUUUUCGUCCCCGUACUAUACCAUCCCGAUACGGAGGAGUAUACACUUUCGAUUCAUUAGCAACAGCAGUGUCAACUUCGAUAUGAAUGCAAACUUGUACCAGGUGACUGCGACGGCCGCUCGUAUAGCGCCACCUCGCGGCUGCAGCCUUCGUAACGAGACCUCGUGCAAUAUAUAUAGCGUCGACUACUGCUUCACCAGCGGCGUGGUUUGCGACGGCAUCAACAACUGCGGCGUCGCUGACUGGUUCGACGAGCGCAAAUCGCAGUGCAACCUCCCCGUGGAGAAAUUGAGUUACGCGCCUGUGGUGGCAGUUAUGGCAGCUGUUUUUUGCACCCUACUCGUAAUAGGGCGUGGCAUACUUUAUUGUCUGCCCUCAAUUUCCGACUCGUUCUUCAUCUUCAACGCAAAUGAGGACAAUCGUCUCUGUAUCGAUACAGUUUUCAAGUCGCCUGAGUCGCGUCGUGUUAGCUCGGACAUCAUUAUAAGGACCUCUAUCAUACCGAGGCCAAGGCGCGAUUCCGAGCGGAAUUUCACCAUGAGAUCGGUCACCACUACUCUGGGGAGGAGGUUAAAGAGUGUUACUGGGUACCACAGGAAGACGCCUAACGCCAUUGGGCAUGUAAAAGAUAUUUGA